AUGGCGACGUUGACGUCGCUCGGCCUUGGUGCCUGGACGCUGUUAGUGCUAUCGUUCGUGUCCUGUGCAUGUGCUUUUUACAUCCCUGGAUAUUCAGUCACUCGGUACAAUGAUAACGAGCCAAUUCCACUCCUCGUCAACAAAAUCUUCUCCGACCACACGCAGCUCCAGUAUGCCUACUUUGAUCUCCCCUUCGUCUGCCCUCCGAGUGGUAAGACACAUGGCGGCUCACCCUUUGGAUCCGGUCAAAGCAUUUCCCUCAAUCUGGGUGAGGUGCUGCGCGGCGAUCGCAUCAUGACUUCUGAUUUCGAGCUCACAAUGGGCAAGGACGUGGAAUGCCAAGCACUUUGCACUCGUGAGGUCAGUCGCUCAAAUGUUAAGUGGGCUCGCAACCUCAUCAAGGAGAAUUAUGUGAUCGAGUGGAUUGUGGACAACCUACCUGGGGCGACAAGCUUCGUGACCGUUGACCGAAGCCGAAAAUAUUACGCCUCCGGAUUCAAGCUGGGCUACACGGACAUCUCCCCAUCUACCGGCCGAUCGCGCUAUUUCAUUAAUAACCACUUCACGAUUGUCAUCCGCUGGCGGAGCGCACCGGAGGGAGGCAAGGUGAUUAAUGGAUUUGAGGUUUAUCCAAAAAGUGUCUCCGCUGCCGAUCGGAAAGAAGGUGGUUGUCCGAAAGACAUCCACGCGGAUCAUGAAGGGCUUGGUCUGUAUAUUGCCCCAGACAAAUCAAAGCUGAAGGAAAAAUACCCUGGCUCAUCAUACAUUCCCGAGGAUGACGAUGACGAUGACGAUGGAUCUACCUUGAGCAUUCCGUACACCUACUCCGUUUACUUUCGCGAGGAGCCAAAGAUUGACUGGGCCAACCGUUGGGAUCUGUACUUUACGAACCAGGAGGAAGGCUCAAUGACACACUGGCUGGCAAUUGUUAACUCCUUGAUCAUCUCCACUGUACUCGGUGCGACUGUCUUCGUGAUCUGGAGCCGGACUGUGCAAGGCGACAUCAAGGGCCGUGGUGAUGGAGCUAUGGAGGACCGAAAGCUGAAGGGCCAGUCUCGCCGGAAGCGCAGCGAGAAGAAAAAGGAAGGACUGCUGGACAAUGCCGAUGUGGAGAAUGACGCUGAUAUGUCCUCUGAUGACGAACCUCUCGAGGACACUAGCGGCUGGAAGCUUCUUCACGGUGAUGUUUUCCGAAUUCCAGCAUAUAGCGGCCUUUUGGCGCCAUUGGUUGGUUCGGGCAUGCAGUUAUUGUUUAUGGCAACUGGCUUGCUUGCGCUUAGCUGCCUGGGAGUUUUGAAUCCCAGUUUCCGCGGCGGAUUCGUCAGUGUCGGCAUGGGCCUGUUUGUGUUUGCUGGAUUAUUUUCUGGUUACUUCUCCGGAAGACUCUAUAAGACCUUCAGUGGAACUGCAUGGCGGAAGAAUACCUUGAUUACUGCCUUGCUUUUCCCCGGACUGACAUUCCUUCUUGUCUUGAUCUUGAAUCUGUUUGUCUGGACUCAGGCUUCCAGCACGGCGAUCCCAUUCGGUACAUUGAUUGGCUUGCUGGCUCUCUGGCUGCUCAUUCAAGUUCCCCUUGUCUACCUUGGUAGCUGGGUUGGGUAUGUGCGAGCGAAGCCCUGGGAACACCCUCUGAAGACAAACGCUAUUGCUCGACAAGUCCCUCCCCAGCCGUGGUAUCUGAGUAGUCCCGCUGGUCCCCUUUUGACUGGAUUGGUCCCAUUUGCUGUUCUCUUCAUUGAAUUGCUGUUUGUGUUCAAGAAUCUAUGGCAGGAUAAGAGUGGUUACUACUACGUGUUUGGUUUCCUGAGUGCGGUAUCUGCAGUGCUGAUAGUCACCGUCAUUGAAGUGACUGUCAUUGCAACAUAUAGCCAACUCUGCUCUGAGAACUACCACUGGUGGUGGCAGAGCUUCUUGACAGGUGGCAGCAGUGCCUUCUGGAUCUUCGCCUACUGCAUCUGGUACUAUAUGUUCAAGUUGCACGUCACUGGAUUUGUGUCUACCCUGCUGUUCUUCAGCUACAGCUUCCUCGCCUGUACAGUGUAUUUCUUGUUGACUGGAACCGUCGGAUUCCUGGCUGCAUACGCCUUUGUCCGUCGUGUCUAUAGCGCGAUCAAGGUUGACUAG